UUAAACGCUGUCUGAGUGAAAGGAAUACAAAGUAUCGCGAAAAGAGGAUUGCCGUAUGAGAAUAUCAGCUGAGAAUCGGCAAGGAUGCGAAAAGUAUAAAAGUUAAGAGGUAAGAAGAGUUGGAUCAUCAUGUUGAUAUCUUAAAAACACUCUUCUGACUCUAAUGGAGGAAUCCGCUCGUGUCGGCUGGGUCAUUCCGCGGCGAUGCGGCGGAUUCCAAGAAUAACGGAGCGAGAAACUUAUUAAGGUGGCGGGCUGCGCCUCGGAAAGUCUCUACAACGUUAGCGAGUUUCGUUCAGGAAUCGCGAUGUGACUGAUCGACACCUGAAAAUGCCUUGCGGCUCGAUGACGUCAAUGUAUCACGUCCAUCAUCCUUUAACGGACGUCCGUGAGAAGCUAAUACAACGAUUAUUAGCUGACACUUUAAGGUGCGACUUAUUCGGAGUUUCGUUAGGAUUUGCAGUUUAAUGAACAUUGGAUACACAACAUGGAACUAAGAAGGCGACCGAACGAUCUUUUUAUUCGCAUCUUCGGAUGACUAUCAAGUGUAGUUUUAUAGAUUGAUUAGAAUUGUCGGUCGUAUUUCGAGACUUGUGAAACGCGAGAACUUAAGAGGCCGACACAGAAUCGGCAUGAGCAACAGCGAAGGAGUAGUGACGGGCCCAGAUUCCGGUAGCGAUCGUUUAUGCGAGGACGUCGACAUGGCUACUCCGACGUCAGCAUCUUCGAAUUUAAAGCCACGAAGCGGCAAGAUCAGCUUUAGCGUCGAUGCCCUGCUAAGUGGCACGAAGAAGAGUGCCAUCGGCGGCGGCACUUUCGCGACUAGGCGAGAUAACGAUGACAGAAUGGAUACCGAGAAAAAUAUUGAGAUGGAGGCGAGGUAUCGAGAGCUCCUAAUAGAACAGCAGAGACUUCAGAGUAGAGAACUACUCGCUAGGUUGAGUCCUCACGGUCUCGUCGGCUUCGGCAAUCAUCACCAUCAUCAUCAUCCAAACAGACUCGAGCAAGAUCACCCGCCCGCUCGACAAGAGAUGCUUACGGUGAAGGAUUUCUCUAGGACGAGUCACGACAAGUCGUCCUCGCCUAUCAGAAUAGACCAGGAGAUCCCGAGAGACCGACUGACGACCAAUUCGCCGAGUGGGAUCAGUGAGACGAUGCUCCAACGAGAACAAGAGCAUAUUCAGGAAGAAGACGAAAGGAUCGACAGGAUUACCAAUCCGAGAUCUGUAUCGCCCGCGAGCAGACGAGAGAUUCUCGACGAUCGUAGUGAUUCCGAAGCGAAUCGCUCGUUAGAAGGAGACCGUACGACGGAUCAUUUGGAUCUCGAGGACCAUGAGAUAAGAAGCGUCGGCCAGUCCGAGGAUCUAAAUGUGAUGGACUCGGAUUGCGAAUUGGAGAGGGACCUGGAAACUAGCCAGGAGAAGGAGGAAAAGUCUAGCCCGGUAGUGCCUCAACCGAUUCAUCCCGGAGUGCAAAGGCCUUCGCAGGGCCCGCCGUAUCUCGCUGGAGCACCCGGCGCUCCCGGUUGGAACCCCGCGGGAUUUCCGCAUUCUCUGGCGGGGUUCGCGUGGCUGCCCCCACCCCCGCAUCCGCACAAUCCUCAUGGACAUCUUUACACGCCACAUGGUGGACCUACUAGCCCGAACGGAGACUUAAGAUUGCCGGGACCCGGACCAGGCCCGGUUAGGUGCACUCUCAGAAAGCACAAACCGAACCGUAAGCCAAGAACGCCGUUCACGACGCAGCAGCUGUUAUCGCUUGAAAAAAAGUUUCGCGAAAAGCAGUACCUAACGAUAGCCGAAAGAGCGGAGUUCUCGUCGUCUCUUCACCUCACGGAAACGCAGGUGAAGAUCUGGUUUCAAAACCGAAGAGCCAAGGCGAAGCGGCUUCAGGAGGCGGAAAUAGAGAAGCUAAGACUAUCCGCGAGGCCCCUGCUGCACCCCAGUUUCGGAUCGGGGCUGAUGUUCUCUGGGGUGGGCCCGCCUGGUACCCCAGGAGUACCUCCCUUCAUUGCAGCUGCCAUGGCUAGGCACACCCAUGCUGCAGCAGCGGCGGCCAUGUUCAUGGGGCCGCCUGGGCACCGACCUUAAUAAUGAUAUUCCAAGAUAUAAUACGCGUGUAAUUCGAAGUCAUUCUUAAUGUCAUCGUCUGAAGACCCAACCUGCUCACAAAUGGGAUUCGAUGACGCAGAAUCUAUGAAUAGUCAAGAAUUCAUGGAUUUGAAAACCUGCACAUUUAUUUAAGAAUCCGAAGGAGAAUCCAAACUUCGGGAAUUUAAUUCCAGACGAUACUUACACGAUAAUUUUGAGAAUUAGGAACUGGAGAAAGCGAGGAUUUACGAAGAUAACGGUUAAAAAAUCUAAGAGCUUGGAGAUUUCAAAGCUAAAGAGAUUGAAAAUUUGAAGGUUUAAGAGAGCAAGUGCUAAAAAUGUUAGAACUCAAGAUUUUGAGAACUUCAGAAACCAGAAAGCUGAAAGAAGUCUAAUUAAAUAAUUAAUAAUAAAUCCAUAAAACGGAUUUUAAGUGAUCUUUCUUUUACGUGAAGCAGGAAAAUUGCCUCAAGUUUUCCGGCCACUCUUAUUUAUUAGUCCACCUUCCGUUCGAGUUUAAUUGUCCAAUCUUCUGCCGAUACCAAGGAUAUUGAGAUCUACCAUUUAACGUUGGAAGUCGAAAUUGGAAUGGUUAUAUAGUGACAAUACUUGAGGGUUAAUCCGGAUGGCUUAUCUCCAGAGGGAUACAGAUAAUCUGAAUUUCGAUACGUUAAGUCCGAAACUAUCGUUUGGGAGACCUGUAGCUCGAAGAAACAUCGUCGAGUAAAUUUCUCGAGACGAUGGAAUACGUACGUAUAUCGGCGCCUCGAGAGGUGCACGAAACUUUGAUCUCAAGAAAAAGCACGAGUGUACAUAGUGUAAAUAGAUACGCGUUCGUACGGUAACUAUGGGUGUACGUAUGUAUAUACACACGUGUACAGGACGCUUUGAUUACCGUCAAGAAGAGGAAUCGCGAGGAACGAGAGCGUUAGUUUUAACGAUUUGAACCGCGCUGGAUCUAGCAAACGUUCGUUCGCAGAUGUGUUUUUAAUGUGGACUGAUCGAGAGAAUGCAGCGACGUGAAUGUGAGAGGUACGUUUAAAUAAUUCCGAGUCUGAGAGCAUUAAUAGAGAAAGGGUCGAAAUCAAAUGUAUUAGUCAUUUCUCUGAAAGUAAUUCCUUAUAUUGAAGAAAAUAAAUCUAUUCGUUUAUAUUAGAAUUUUUUUCAAAUCUAAGUCGCGAAAUUUUUAAAAGUUGCAUCAGUGACAUCUCUAAUAGAUGCUAUAAAUAAAGAAUGGGUUAUUGCAUUGAUUCCUCAUCGGCAAGUAUACAGUUCGUAGUUCACCUAAUCUCGAUAUCUUUCAGACUUAUUAAAUUUUUUUUCUAUGCAAGAAGACAAGACAAGUGCGUGUAAAUUAUGUAUCCGCUUGUGUCGAUUGUGAAUCGAGGGAGACGGAAUCGCUCAUAGACAGUAAAAGCUAACGUUACGAAUGUGGCGUGGUUCUAGACGUACCUAUGCGCCUUGUAUAAAUGUAAGAUGAUAAUUUAUCCA